AUGGACAACGAUGACGAUGGCGAUGAUACUCUUGCCGACACGGUUGCAGGGACGGACGCCGGGUCUCAGAACACCCCAAGCCAGUGGAAGAAACACUUUGCAGAACAAGUUCCUCCCCUGCAAGUGGCGAGUCCACCUAGAGCGUUGCCGCUUUGUACGUAUGACGAAGAUGAGACGCAGAUCCUCUUCUGUUCAAACGUCAUAUCGCAGGAAGUGGGCUCUCCAGGACAUCAGCCGAAUAAAAAUCAAAUGCAGUUGGCCGAAGUGGAGCUGCCGUUGGUGCCUCACGAGAAUUACGUUGGAGAUGGAGACAGCUCCAACGAAUCGGAAGAUCUAUGGACAAUCGGCGACUCGACCUUGGAUCAGCCACAUCCGACGUUUGAUGGCCCUGUGGAUGGGGCGAUCCCGAAUGCUGCCUCGACGACGGAAGCUUCGGCACAUGUUCCUGAACACCCCGUUGCAUUAUCUACGUCGACAGACACUGCCGACGAUGAUACCGAAUUGGAAGACAACGACAUCCCCACAUACGUCGUCACACAUGCAGUCGACACUCCUGUCCACAUCGAGCGCUAUUUCGACAACGUCUACAAUACAACCAUGACGACUUUAAAGCCGGUCCGCAGCCCGUCACCCCGAAAGCGCCUACGCCUUGAACAUUCCCAUCUCACGGAGCCACCACAGCCACCCAUCACAGAACCCUCAGAUCCAUUUCCACCACCACCACCCAUUUCCAACGACAUCGUCGUGUCACGACGACGCAACAAGCGAAAUGCAUCGCCAUCCUCCACAGCAGACCACGAGCCCCACGUCCCAUCCCCACCACGCCGGCGCCGCCGCCAAGUCCAAACGGGUGCGCCGUCAACUGUGGGUCGGGCGCGGGCCGGCAAAUCGAGACGAGCUGCCACAUUGUCAUCCUCCAUUCCCUGCUUAGACACGGCAACCUCUCUCGAAGCCAACAAGGAUCCGCCGCCAUCGAUCAGUGGCGUACGCAUUGUGCUUACGGGGUUGGACCCCGCUCCCCUCAUGCACCAGAUCCACGCGAUUCAAGGAGCUGCGUUUGAGCAAGAUGUGACACGGGGCACGCACUUGGUGGCGCCUUCGAACCAACUGAAACGGACGGUCAAGAUGCUCUGUGGCAUCUCAACGUGCCUGCACAUUGUGGACGAGAAGUGGCUGGCGGCGUCCGCCAAGCUGGGCCGACCCGCGCCAGAAGUGCCCUACUGCCUGCUGGACCUGGCCAAGCAAGCCCAAUGGUCGUUUGAGUUGAAGGCCACGAUGUACGACCACACGAACAGACACCUGCUGCUCCGCGGUCGCGUGUUUUACAUUGUGCGGCACAAGAGCAUCUUGCCGGCGCCAUCCGAUCUGGCCAAGAUCAUCGAGUGCGCCGGGGGAGAGGUACUCUCGACGUCGACCAAACCAGUGGACAAUGUGAUUGUGAUUGCAUCUGCCGAGGCACUGGCGGUGAAGUCGGUGCAAAAGCAACUCGGACCGCUGGCGAACGCCACCAAGUACACGACGGAGCUGGUUUUGUCUGGGGUUUUGCAGCAGAGCCUCGACUUGACGACGACGCAUGUCGUCGUGGAGCAUACCAGUAGCCAGCAACAACCAACCAUCCAACGAGGAAAACGUUAG